AUGGACCUCAGCGAAUCCAUCUCCCAUUCCCUCUCCGACAUCCGCUCCAAAAAGACCUCCCGCCACCUCUCCCAAAUCGCAGCCGUCGAAAAAGAAAUCGCAACCUUGACCGCCAAACACGUCGAGGUGUUCAACAAACUCGAGGAUGCGCUCGAGAGGAAGGAGACGAAAUCGGAAUACGUCACUGUCGAGCACCCUAAGUCUGAGGCUGUUGUGAAGGCUGAGAAGGGGCUUGAGAUGGGUAACCCAGUCGUUGGCGAGGGCGUGAAGAAACUCGUCGAAACCGCCCAAACCCAGACUCAUGCUCAGGUUCCUCCUCGCAUGGUGCAGGCUAAUGAGGAGGACGAGUGGAAUCAGUACAGCCCCCACACAGACUACCCCAAAGACGCAAGGCAAGAUAGCCAUUACUUUGAAGAUGAUGACUUCUUCUCUAACGUUAAACCUAUCUCCAGCCACAGUCGCAGGCGUUCCUCUUCCCACGCGUACGCCGACGAGGACGAAUUCUUCGAUGACCUCGUUGAGAAGAGGAGCCAGAGGGUUGAUUCUCCGCUUAGGUUGGGUGCGAUUAUGAACCACGCUCCCGCUGCGCUUCCUACUCCCCCCACCGCCACGGCUAACGCUACGGCCACAGCUGCUUCUGCAGUUCACGAGGUAAAGCCCGUGCGUCAACCCAUCAACCCACCCACCCUCACCACCUUCUCCCCCCCGGCCGCUGCUCCCCCUCCCAAAAAGAAAUUGUCCGAAGUCGACCACCUCCGCAAAGAAGCAGCAAGCCUAACCGCAGCACUCAAAUCUCGCCGCGAACACCUCACGCACCUCCGUACGCGCUUCACCGCCUCCACCGCACGUUUAGAACGCUUGGAGAGGGAUUUGACGACGAUUUCGGGGAGGUGGGAGGCGGAGGAGAGGGCACGGGUCCAGGCUGAGACAUUCAAACGUAAACGCUCUCACUCUUCCUCCGCCGACGAAGAAGAUGAGCUCGAACACCUCGAGCGCUCGACGAAGAAAUUGAUCGUAGAAGUCGUGAAAGGAGCGGCAUUGUUCGGAUUAGGCGUCGGAGCGAGUUUGGGAGCUAGUGGGUAUGCAAAUGACUUUUCUUCUUUCGUAUGGGAUUAUGUGAGUGCUAACAUUUCGGGAGUAUGA